AUGGGCAAACACGGUGCGGCGGAAGGAGUAGAUACGGACUUGGUUGCCGGGUUCUUGGUCGGAAGCCCGGAGCCACCGGAGACCGAGCUCUCGCCGCCGCCGGCACCUGCCGCUCUCGCCCCUAGAGAAGUGGCCGUCAUAGAGAAGCCGUCUAAGAAAAUUUGCCACAGCUUCGGCUCAAACGUCUCAGACUCAUCUGAACGACAAGUUUGGGAAGAUGUUACGGACAGCCUGCUUCACCUAAUCGUUGUCCUCUGCUCAUUCCAUGACUUCCUUGCUGUUACUAGCACCUGCCGCUCUUGGCGUGCCACAGUUUCUUCUUUCCUGCCCAUAUAUCACUUCUCCUUCCCACCUCUCUUUGUCAACACAGAUCUUCAUAAUGCUCAUCGGCAUAUAGGGGACGGCGAUACGUCGUACUACCCCUUAUCCAACACUAAAUGGCAGCUUCAUGAUCCUGCGAAGACAAACUUAUCCCUUCGUUGUUCAGCACUCCGACAGUCUCCAUACCAUAUGCACUAUUUGGGCUGCUCAUACGGGUAUGCUAUCUUCUACAGUUUUGAGCAAUGCUUCCUUGUUGAUGUGUACACUGGUACUAUCAUGAAGCCCCCCAAAUUCCAACACAGUGACAACUCUGAAAUCUACUACGGCAUCUUUACAGCUCCGCUAAGUUCGCCCAACUCGUACCUCCUCCUUUUCUCGAGAAAUUCUAUGUUCCAGUGGCAACUUGGAGCAAACUCCUGGACAGAACACCCUCUUAUUGCUGAACGCCGCAUUCAUCAAAUUGUGCCCUUCAAAGGUAAGAUGUUUGCCAUGGACUCCCUUCAGAAGCUCAAUAUCAUUUCUUUGGCACCUCAGCUUGGCAUGUCGGAAGUGCCAGUUGUAGUGUGCGGACAGGACAUGGUCAAACCAUGGUUGGUGGUCUGUGGUGACAUGCUUCUCAUGGUUGACCUCUGCAUACGUGUUCACGAAUUCUGCUUUCAAGCCUACCGCCUCGACUUAACAGAACCCGCUAAGUGGAUGAAGUUGGAUAAGUUGGAAAAUUGGGCUCUCUUUAUUAGCCUGGAUACCAGGAGUUCUACAUUUUCUUGCAUGAACCCUGAACGAUGGGGCGGGAAGAGUAGCUGCAUUUACAUUCCGAGUGGGUCCAAAAAUUCCGACGAACCUUGGAUUGAGGUAGAGCUUGGUCAGUUCGUGCCUACGAGUUCCCACCCCAUUACAUAUAUUCUCGGAUGGAAAAGCAAGCAGUUGGAGAGCUUCUGGGUGCUCCCCAGUUUGGUGUAUGGUGUCAGCGAGUGA